CCCCGGGACUGCGACUUCUUCCUGCAGCCCGCGUGCAUCUUCCCUUUGCCUCCAAAGAAAGACCUCAGACCCACUGAGCCAUUUAGUGCCUGGAUGUGGCUCGCAGACCCCUCUGUCCUCCUCUUGCAGAAACGCCUCCACCCUGGCUUGCUGCUCGCCCCUGGCCCGGGCAGCCAGGCCCCAUCUCUCCCCGAGAGCCCAGGGUCCCAGUCAGGUAGAGCCGUCCUGGGGGCUGUGUACGAGCCUCCCUGUAGCCUUCUCAUCCCGUUUCUACUCACCCAGGUCCGUUAUCGCAGUCUGGCAGGUCCUGUGCUAGACGCUGCGUCUAAGGUUGGCCCAGCCCCAUAGGAGGCAGGCAGGUUUUGAUUAGCAGAGAGCCGUUCCCACAGCGAGGCCUCCACUUGGAGCCGUGAACUCCGCCCCGUCUCCCUGCCCGGUGGGCUUCAGAGCCAUGGCAACCGAGGAGAAGAAGCCGGAGACCGAGGCUGCCCGAGCACAGCCCACCCCAUCAUCAUCGGCCACACAGAGCAAGCCUACACCUGUGAAACCCAACUACGCUCUAAAAUUCACCCUGGCUGGCCACACGAAAGCUGUGUCCUCUGUGAAGUUCAGCCCGAAUGGGGAGUGGCUGGCGAGUUCGUCUGCAGAUAAGCUCAUUAAGAUUUGGGGAGCUUAUGAUGGGAAAUUUGAGAAAACCAUCUCUGGUCACAAGCUGGGAAUAUCGGAUGUGGCCUGGUCGUCAGAUUCCAACCUCCUUGUUUCUGCCUCAGAUGACAAAACCCUGAAGAUCUGGGACGUGAGCUCGGGGAAGUGUCUGAAAACCCUGAAGGGACACAGUAAUUACGUCUUUUGCUGUAACUUCAACCCCCAGUCGAACCUCAUCGUCUCAGGCUCGUUUGACGAGAGCGUGAGGAUAUGGGACGUGAAGACGGGCAAGUGCCUCAAGACUCUGCCAGCGCACUCGGACCCGGUCUCAGCUGUUCACUUUAACCGUGACGGAUCCUUGAUUGUCUCCAGUAGUUACGAUGGGCUCUGUCGGAUCUGGGACACCGCCUCGGGCCAGUGCUUGAAGACGCUGAUCGAUGACGACAACCCUCCCGUGUCCUUCGUGAAGUUCUCUCCGAAUGGCAAGUACAUCCUGGCCGCGACCUUGGACAACACGCUGAAGCUCUGGGACUACAGCAAAGGGAAGUGUCUGAAGACAUACACGGGCCACAAGAAUGAGAAGUACUGCAUAUUCGCUAAUUUCUCUGUCACUGGUGGGAAGUGGAUCGUGUCGGGUUCGGAGGACAACCUGGUGUACAUUUGGAACCUGCAGACGAAGGAGAUAGUGCAGAAGUUACAGGGCCACACAGAUGUGGUCAUCUCGACGGCGUGCCACCCGACGGAGAACAUCAUCGCCUCG